AUUGACUGGGAGGAGUGGGCAGGAAAAGGGAUAUGUAGGGAGUGGGUUCGCGCUUUGGGGGUUUUGUUCAUAUCAAGACUUUUACGUGCGAUAGACACGAUUAUUACUGUGUGUAUGGGGUCUGCAUCUGGUACAUCCUUUACACUACACGCAUCCACAUACCAUUGAUAUCAAACGAUGGCACCACACUCCCUCCACUCGUCAGUCCUCAGACCGUCCCCACACCACCAAAAACGCUCAGACUACUGCGAAACCACCUACGAUUCUUCGUGCAACACCCACCGUACCAUCCUUCUCGUUAUCAUCAUCUUCGUCGGCGCUUUCGUCGGCGUCGUCCUCAGCCUAGUAUACGUGCGUAGCCGCAGUCAAAAGCACAAUCAAGAGCGCGCUUUACGUGUGAAUGGCGGACCAGGGAGUGGAAUGAGGGUGUUGAGGAGUGAGGAUGGGGUAGCGACAGUGCGGUUACCGUCUGGAAGGGUGAUUGGUGGGAAGGCGGAGAGUUGGGGUGGAAGGAGUUCGACUGAGGCGCCGCCGCCUUAUAUGCCGAGGGUGCCUGAGGCUGCUAGGGUGGGCCAUUGAGAGCGUUGAACAAACGCGAAAGAGGACGUCCGUUGUGUUUGAAACAUGACUGAGAGAGACACUCUUCCAAGGUCACGACUUGCCCAACUCAUCGCGUUGCUACUCCUCAGAUUGAGCAAAGCACGAACUAUGCUCUGCUCCAGGAAAAUGUCGAAUUUCACAUCGAGUCUUCGAAGCCAAUAGUAUCAGCAGUUGGCACACGAGGAUCUUUCACUCCAACUAGGAUUUCUCAGCUAUACCAGAAUUAGGACGACAGCUCCGAGACUACGAGAGCGACAAGACCGGGUCCCGCUCUUUGUCAGUC